AUGGAUGAGGUGAGAGCCACGUCUCGCUGGGUGGCAAGCCGCGCUUCUCACGUCUCCAUCGACUCUUCAGGUUCGUCGUCAUAUUCUGUUUGAUCGAAAAUGCUUGAAUCUAGGUUUUUUCUUCGUGUAUUGACGUUUUUUUUGGAUUUAUGGUUUUUAUAUUGAUUCUGAAGAAAAUUAGAAUGAUGCGAGAUUUGCUCUGAAUAGCCGACAGUGUCAUUAAUCGUUUCUACGAGUGGAGUGGAGUGGAGUGGAGGGUAUAUUGAAAUAUGGUAAUGGAUUAGGGAACGGGGACAUAAGACGUCGCCGGGUUUCCUGCAGCUGAUGUUUACGGCGGGCGUCUACUUUUGAAGCGUCUAAUUUUAGACAUCAUUCUUGCGUCCGAACGUUGGGAACCAGUUUUGAUAUAUACGAGCAUAUUCUGUGAGGAUCAUUUCGUAGUCCAUAGAAAGCGGUUCGAUGCCUACGGUGGUGUGACCCUGUUUUUGUUUAUGUUUCUUUUUUAAUCGUGGAAGUCGAAUUCGGGCGUACCUUGCGUUGAAUCAGUGAAAGAAGAAGCUUACUCUUUUCUCUGUUGUGACAUGUGGAGCUCUCGAAGUUACAGAUCGUUUAUUUUAAUUUUACAAAUGUGUGUUUACUAAAUCUUCUUCCGUUAUCGUCGUUUGCAAUUAAUGUACUUAUGAUACUCCUUUUCAGUUUGGAACAUUAUUCUGAUCAGAAUAUCACAUUUGCAAAAAGAAAAUUAGACAAUAUUGACGGAGAAAUAUUUUUCAUCAUUUCGACCUUUUCAGCACUCGCAAAAGUGAUCGAUAAGACUCAAGGUUCAAUUCCAAAAGUUGAAUGGGAUUUUGAAGGGAUUCACUAUUUUGAUAAUGGGCCGCUAACUGUUCAGUACUUGUUUGUUUUGGAUGCGCUGAACUUCUGCUUUUGGCCAGGUACGUUGCCUAUCAAUAAUUGCCUUGACUUUCUUGACUAAUCUCUUAUAAUAUUGUCUAUUUGGGUAUAUUUUUAGGGGAAUAUAUUGGAAUGUUAUACAGCAAACCUUUUCUUAACGUAAAUCUUUUGUGUUAGUGUUGGGGAUUUAUAGUGCUUAAUUGAUUAUUCAAAUGGUUUAGCGUUUUGACAAAAAAUAUACUUUAAGGCUACGUUCACGCACCAUUUAACUCAUUGAAAAAUCAACCUUUGGACUUUUGCUCCAAGCAACUCAUGCGUAUCCCAGUCUGUGGAAUUAUUGGCUUGUACUUAUCUCAUCGUGCCCUUGUCUCCAGUGCCACUUUAAAAAACCUUUGAUUCAACAGUUAAUCUACACUUCUCUUUGAUAAACCAGCAUUCAUGCGACAUCAUUCCUCAUCAUCCACUUCAUAAGGAAUAAUUAUGAGAAUCCACUGGGAGACAUCAGUGAGAGAUUGGAUUCUAGAUUAGAUGUGUGCUGAGGAACAUUCCCCAUCUUGUGGUGCAUAAACUAGCUGCAAAAUAUUUAUAACGUGUUGAAUAGUGUAGAUUAAAAAGAUAGCCAGUCAUGUUCCAAAAAGACACCGAUGCGGCAUCCUGGACGAGCAGGCUUUAGGUGCGAUGGGUCCAGACGACUUGGUCGCCUGUUCUUGCAAUAUUGAGUGUUUGACUUCUUUGAAGAAAUUUUCGAUUUAAGGAAUGUAGAAUGCAUCAGUCCGCUGACAUUGUGAUAUUAGAUAUACCUGUAAGUGUGAUUUGUUCUUCUGCACAUCUGCAAGUAUACAGUUCGCAUCCGAGGUCUCUUUUUCAGAUUUCUUGGAUCUCUUAAACUCUAAUUUAUUUCAGAGUUUUACUUCUUAUCACAACAUUUGGUAUCGGAGCUGAGUCAGUCAGUCUAGGUAUGUCGAAGUUGCAAUCAAGUUGGUAUGAAUUAACUUGUCUUUCUAGGACUGGAUAUCUUUCCAGCCAGCCAACCUGUUGGGAUAGGUGUGGAAUGAUUGAAAAUAGGGAGCAUGGUUAUGAUAUAUCUAAGAUGCUUUGGCUUUCUUGCCAAGUUUCCCAGUGUAAGUGUUAACCCAGGAAUUUGCUUGUGCCAUCCUAAUUUAGCUUGAUGAAGAUCAAGGAUCAGUUAAAAUGGUUUUUCUAUGUGGGCGUUUUCUGGUUUAAAUUUUCUAUGGCCCAGUAUGUCUUGGUUAAAAUAACCAACCCAGAAGUAUUUUCUCCUAGCAGACAAGGACUUGAACUAUGACCAUUUGGCGUUGGGCCUCAGGGAUGCUUUGUGGAAUGAUGGCUCCGCUCUUGAUGCUGAUCGUCUUCAAAAGUAUACCGGUAUAUUCUUGCCAUAUGUUCUUCUGAUGCUAUGACGUGGUCUAGGAAUGGAGCGUCUCCUUUUUUUCCUUUUCUCUUUUAAUUUUUUCGACAAUGAAAAUAACUAAUUUGCAAUUGAUUUGGAUUGGCGUUUGGCUCAUGACUAUUAUUCGUUAGUAAGGAAAGUGAUAAUUUCUUUUCAGGCUCUCAAUUGCGUGAUUUACUAAAGUGGCCCCGGCCACUUCCCUUAGAGGAGGAGCGUGUUCGCUUAUUGCAUGAGGUACCACGUUUCGUCCUCCUGUGCUUCUUUCGGAUCUCACUGCUCAUUCUCGACAUAUUUUUUAAGUAAUUUUAUAUUCCAGGUUGGGAAUGUUUUGGAAAAACGUUUUGAAGGAAAAGCUGCUAACCUUGUGGAGGCCUGUGGAAAAUCUGCUAUGACUCUUGUUUCACUUAUAGCACAGAAUUUCCCUGGUACCUUUCGUUUUUAUUUCAAAACGUUUUUCUUUAAGAAUUAAUUCUAUUAGACGGUAAGUGAUGAUUCUGGAAAUUCAUCUGCUACUGCUGUUGGUAAAUCAUCAUUUUUAUCGUUUUCCUUGCCUUCGUUUUACAGAUAGUUUCAAACUUACUUUCCCAUUGUCCUUGUAAUAGAAUGGGAGAUGAUACUAACUGAGAUCUGAGUUUCGAAUAUAAUUUAUUAAGAAUUACUCGUUUCUAUUAGGAAUGAUUGAAUAUUUGGAUUGAGCGAUCAUUUGCAUGUUCUUUCUUCUGUAUGGGAAAAUCAUAUUUCACAGAAUGAGACUGCUCUAUCCUUGCAUUUUCUCUUAAGAUAAUAAAUCAUCACCACACCCAGAUUUCCUGCCAGAUUCAUGGUUAAUAUAAUUUUUUAUCAUUAUCGAACAAAAGAAUGCGGUCAUCUGGAUUAAAAUUUCCCUGUUUUCCAUUUAUAGCCACGACCCUUAAAUCUAUCAUGGAGAGUGCAAAUUAACCUUUUUGUGCCCUUUUUUUCAAUGUUAGGUUUCCGAGAUCAUUCAUUGUACAAGGGUCGCCAGAUCUUCCUAUACAAGAGAGCUCAGAUAUUCGCAGCAGAUUUAUGGGGCGCCUUCAAGGGUCAAGGAUACGGUCAUUUCCAUGACGUGAGCUCGAUUACUAUAUUUGCAGACUACAUCGUUCCAGCCGCACUGAGGCAGCUCGGUGUGCUGAUGUACUCUGCAAAGUUGUCGGAUGCCAUUGACACCCAGAAGGAAAUCCUCUCUGGCAGCGAGGAGGAAGUCGAGCUCCGGGCUUGCACAAUCCACGCUGUAGAACUGAUGAGGGAACAGAUGAAGUUGCAGUUCGGGAAACAGGUGAAUAUUACAUCUGGGUCCUCUUAUUCUCCUCCCGCAUCCCAUCCUUUCCAUAUAUAUUUGAAUUAUCUCUCCGAAAAAAAGAAUAAUACUCUAAUUGAUUCUUUUGUGGGGUCCAAUCUGCAAAAAAAUAACCUUGCUCUUGUGGGAUUGACGAUGGGCAGAUUGUAAACUAUUGGCCCAUCGGGCCGUCCAGACCAGGCUGGUUUUUAGCUUAGAAUGAGCUGAUCUGAGAUUAACCAUACUAUAUAUAUAAUGAUCUGAGCUUCUGAGGUCUCCCGGUUCCAUCUAUGCUGGCCCUGACAAAAAUACUGAAUGGCCUGAUACUCGUAGCUGGGAUUAUUUUUGCCAAUCCUGAGUUAAAUCUGGUGCUUUUUUGGGUUCCUGGAGUAGAGAUAAUGAACUAUUUUAGGAAAAUAAAUAGGAGUCGACCUUCUUUUGCUCAGGUUUUGUUCAUAUUGGGGAGGGAUGGGGGGUUAGUCUGAUUUUAAUGAUGGCCCCUCACUCAUGGGUCUGUCUAACACCGAUUUUUAUUUAUUUAUUUAUUUAUUUAUUUAUUUAUUUAUUUAUAUAUAUAUUGGGGAUCCCUUGCUAUUCCCGGGUCAGGUCUGGGCCCUCAUCGGGUUUAGUCGAUGGGAGAGAAUUAUAAUUUUACUAUUUUAGGAAAAGAAAUCCUCAUGCGGCUCAUGUUUCUAUUUAGUUGUUUGGGGAGUGAGUGCAGCGGUUCAUUCUUUCCGUCAAAUUCUACUCCUCUGACCACGGUUGUUAUUAUUAUUUUUAUUAUUGUUAUUAUUGUUAUCCUCAAGAACUCUGUCAGAAUGCAUUUCUUCCGGGCAAUCUGACGAUUGUAUGAUCCUGUCUGGCAGGUGCUGAGCAUAGACAUUGAUCUCUGGCUGUGGUCCUGGGGGGUUCGGACCCCAUCGUUGCCCCAUCACCGCACCCUCUCCAUAUACUACUGA